AUGAACGAUGAGAAAAUCCAUCAUGAACGAGCAAAUAACCAUGCUCUAACACCCACAAAGACAACCAUCAUGACUGUCCUUCCCGAAAUGGCCCGCAUGACGCUGGGCAACCUCCAGCUGACCGACGGCAUCUACUUCACCAUGACGCCCAACGCCUUCACCAAGCCCGAGGAAAAGCCCGAGUGGCGCCUCUACUUCACCAUCCGCUGCCUCAACGGCACCCCCGUCUCGGACCUGAUCCGGGAGGGCUUCCACUGGUCCAGAAAGAACAUCAUCACCUCCGACACCAUCUACCACCACGACGAGAAGAACAGCCGCCAGCGCCGCUUCUGCCACCUUCGCGAGUUUGCGGACGAGCCCCCAUCCCACUCCCGCUGGAUAAUGCAGAUCGUCUUCCAGUCCGCCAAGCUGGAAACCCGCGCAAAGUUCUGCCUAGACGACACCACCCCCACCCACCGCAAGAUCCAACACGCCUUUGCCAUGCCAAGAACGGAUACGGCAACACCGUCUUCCUGUACACCCGUGACGAGUCCAACCCUGUUGUCAUCAACUGCGUGCUGGAGGAUGCGGGGCAGAACAAGGACUUGA